AGAAAAACAUACCGAACAAAAAUUCACAGCUGGCGAAGAAGGAAUAAAAUUAUAAGAAGCCAUAAAAGUGCGGAAAUGGAAAUGGAGCUCAAAUAGGCGACAGCAGGCAGCUGGUGGAACAGGAUGAGCGGCGAGGAGGAGCAGGCGAGUCUGCUGCGCGUACUGAUCAACUGUGCGGAGAAGGCGGCCAACAUAGCCAGGACAUGUCGCUCCAACGAGCAGCUCCUGGCAUUGCUGGUGCAGGAGAAGAGCGGAUCCGAGGCCAACGAGCGGUUCGAGCACGACUUCAAGACCCUGGCCGAUGUGCUCAUCCAGGAGACGAUCAAGCACGAGGUGGCUGCACUCUUUCCCGCCAUGCAGGAUGCCAUUCUGGGCGAGGAAUCGCCCAAUUUCACCAACCAACUGGGCGAGAGUGUCACCAUUGCAGUGGGUGCCACUGAGGAGGACACCGCCGCCUGUCUGCAGGCUGUACUCAGCGGGCACGAGGAUGCGGCCAGUGCUCUGGCCACCGAAGUCCAUCGGGAUGUCAGCUUUAGCAGCGAAAAGCUGGGCGAGAUUGCCCAACUGCCGGACGAACUGGAUUACGGCAAUUUGGGCAUCUGGAUCGAUCCCAUUGAUGCUACGGCCGAGUACAUUUCGGGUGACACCAUGUUCACCGACUUUCCCGGCAUCACGUCCACCGGCCUGGACUGCGUCACCGUGCUAAUUGGCGUCUACGAACGGGACACCGGAGUGCCGGUGAUGGGAGUGGUGGCUCAGCCGUUCGGGGAGAAGCUGGAGGAGAACGUGUACAGCUCCUCGAUGUUCUGGGGCGUCUGCCUGCCGACGGUAAGGGCACACAACUGCCACUUCGAGGCGCGCGAUGAGAACCGCCGUUUGGGCAUCUUCUCCAGCUCGGAACAGUCCGAUAUCCUGCAGCGUUUCCUCGAUCUGGGCUACGAGUUUGCAUUCUCCGCUGGUGCUGGACAUAAGGCCUUGAAGGUGAUUACCCACGAGGUGGACGUGUAUCUGCUUAGCAAAGGCUCCACCUUCAAGUGGGACACGUGUGCUCCGCAAGCCAUACUCCGUGCGCUCGGCGGAGAUGUGCUGGGCUAUGCGGCCAGUGUGGCAGAGCAAAAGGCAGUGCCAUUGAAGUACCUGAUUGAGGAUGCUGAAGCCGAUGCCGAUUGGAAGCGAAAUGCAGGUGGCAUAAUCUCCGUGCGCAAUGUCGAUGUUGUGGACGAGCUGCUGGCCAAACUGGCUGAGCAAUGAGUGUUGUUGUUAUUUGUUGUAAUACCAUUAUUGCUGUUGUAAUUGAUUUGAUGUAUUACACUACGAGUCAGUCGAGUUCGUAGGCAUAGAAACUAAUAAAUGAAACCGACGAACGUGUAAAA